AUUUGAAAAUCUCCAGACAGAAUUCAUGACAUUAGCAUGAGUACAUCAGAGAUGCUCUGACAGUUGACAGAGUGUUAUUGCUGUAGUUGUGUGUUUGGCAUUCAAAUAGAUCCCUUUUUUAUUAGUAAGAGAUAGCCCCACCCCUUUAAGAACAGGGCUAAACUCUUAUCUAUAUAUACUUAGUUUAGCAGUUUGCAAAGCAGUAAGUCAAUCUCCAAUUUGCUCCCAGCAGUAGCUGGAAUAUUACAGACAGACUAGUAAACUCACCAAAGGAGUUGGCAUAAGGUUUCAUCUGUGAUCAAGAUGGGCAAUGAGCAUUCCAAAAACAAAGGACAUACCGAAGAUAAGUCCGAGCAGGCUCUGGACAAGCACCCGGAAGGAGAAGUGAAUAGCCAUGCUGUAAGCAUCUCGUACGAUGGCCUGGAGAAAAGUGAUACCAGUGAAGCAGCUGUGGAGCAGAACAGUCAGCCUUCCUCACUGCCUCCCGCUAAAGAGCCAGGUAUAGUGGAGGCAAACGGCAGUGGUUGUGCGCCUGUGGGGGUGGAACAGGAGCCUGUCAUUGAGAAUGUUCCAGAAACGGAAGCAGAGACUGCUAAGGCGAAAACCAUACCGGAACCAAACCACCAAAAGAAGGAGCCCAAGGAGAGUUCAAAAGAAAGAGUUAACGUAUUUGACAACCUCUUCAAGAAGAAAGCUACACCUCAACCCAACCCUGAUCCAGCCCCUGAAAAGGAGGAGCCCAUAAAGGAGAAAACUGUGGAGGAGAGUAAGAGUUCCCCGGAAGUCCCUGUAACGGUGAUCAAUGGGAUCCACACUGAGAAAAGUGAAGUCUUGAUGGCUGCACAUUUGUUUCCAAAGCAACUGGCAGUCAGAUUCUCAUUUCCGGAGGCAGAGCCUGAACUUUCAUCACUGCUGGAUUUUCUUACGGCAGACAUCAUUCAAAUCACCACUGAAAGAUCUGAAGAGCAGCCUACGGAGGAAAGUGUCAGCCCACCUGAAGAGGAGACAACAGAACCGGUCUUUGGUGAAGAACCCACAGAGGAUACAACUGUGGAGAAGAGCCCCGUACCCAAAGAAGAGCUGGAGGAAAUUGCAGAUGAACUUGAAAAUGAAGCUGCUAUAUACUCAGCAAUCGCUGCAGAACUAGAAGAGCUGGAAGAAAUUGCAGAUGUUCUUGAAAAUGAAGCUGCUGUAGACUCAGCAAUCGCUGAAGAGCUGGAAGAAAUUGCAGAUGUUCUUGAAAAUGAAGCUGCUAUAUACUCAGCAAUCGCUGCAGAACUAGAAGAGCUGGAAGAAAUUGCAGAUGUUCUUGAAGAUGUAGCUGCUAUAGAGUCAGAAGAACUUGAAUCUAGCCCCAGUGCUAAAGAGACGACUGAGAAAAACAAGAAGAACGAUGAAGGGAAAGAAACAAGCGACUUAUCAUCGAGGUUGCUCGUUCAGCUGCAAUCCGCAUGUAUGAAAAUCAUUAAAGAAUCGGUAUAUAGCCCUGUCCGUGUCUGUACUGAGGUGUCUGCAGAGGGCUGCGGCACUAUUAACAUUACACUUAAGGUCAGUCUGAGGCAGAGAGGGGAUUUGAAAUGCGAGGAGGAGACUUCCGCUGAAACAGCAUUUGAUAUGGAGUGAUUUACAGCUGAGGAGCAGGAUCCUCCUCAAAGAAUCUAAAUUCCGUGAAUAAAUUAUUUGACACUGUGAAUACCUACAAAAGGAGACUAAUUGCAGUACUAGUAUUAUAAUUGUUUUACUAAUCUGACAUGGUUAUAUGAUUGUAUGGUUUAUUAUACUGAACAAAAAUAUAAACGCAACAUGUAAAGUUUUGGUCCCAUGUUUCAUGAGCUGAAAUAAAAGAUCCCAGAAAUCUGCCUCACAACCGCAGACCACCUCUAUGGCGACAUGUGGGCGAGCGGUUUGCUGAUGUCGACAUUGUGAACAGAGUGCCCCAUGGCGGCGUUGGGGCUAUGGUAUGUUUUGUUUACAUCCCUGCAAGUGAGCAUUUCUCCUUUGCCAAGAUAAUCCAUACACCAGACAGGUGUGGCAUAUCAAGAAAGCAUGAUCAUUACACAGAUGCAUGUUGUGCUGGGGACAAUAAAAGGCCACUCUAAAAUGUGCAGAUUUGUCACACAACACAAUGCCACAGAUGUCUCGUGUUUUGAGGGAGCGAGCAAUUGUCAUUUUGACUGCAGGAAUGUCCACCAGAGAUGUUGCCAGAGAAUUGAAUGUUCGUUUCUCCACCAUAAGCAUUCUCCAACGUUGUUUUUGAGAAUAUGACAGUACAUCCAACUGGCCUCUCAACCGCAGGCCACGUGUAACCACGCCAGCCCAGGACCUCCACAUCUGGCUUCUUCACCUUCGGGAUCGUCUGAGAUCAGCCACAGCUAAUGAAACUGUGGAUUUGCACAACAAAAGUAUAUCUGCACAAACUGUCUGCACAGAAACCGUCUCGGGGAUGCUCAUCUGCGUGCUUGCCGUUCUCCCCAGGGUCUCGUCGUCCUCCUCAGGGUCUUGACCUGACUGCAGUUCGGUUUUGUAACCGACCUCAGGUGGAAAAUACUCACCUACGAUGGCUACCGGCACGCUGGAGAAGUGUGCUCUUCCCGGAUGGAUCCUGGUUUCAACUGUACAGGGCAAAUGACAGACAGCGUGUAUGGCAUCAUGUGGGUGAGUGGUUUGCUCAUGUCAACGUUUUGAACAGAAUGUCCCAUGGUGGCGGUGGGGUUAUGGUAUGGGCAGGCAUAAGCUACGGACAACGAACACAAUUGUAUUUCAUUGAUGGAAAUUUGUAUGCACAGAGAUACCGUGAUGAGAUCCUGAGGCCCAUUGUCGUGCCAUUCAUCUGCCACCAUCACCUCAUGUUUCAGCAUGAUAAUGCGCACGGAGCUGUACACAAUUCCUGAAAUCUGCAAAUCUCUAUGGCCUGCAUACUCACCAGACAUGUAACCCAUUGAGCAAGUUUGGGAUGCUCAGGAUCAACAACAUUCCACAGACCACAAUCAAUAGCCAGAUAAACUCUAUGCGAAGGAGAUGUGUGAGGCAAAUGAUGCCCACACCAGAUACUGACUGGUUUCCAAUCCAUACGCAUACCUUUUUUAAAAGGUAUCUGUGACCAACAGAUGCAUAUCUGUAUUCCUAGUCAUGGAAUCCAUAGAUUAGGGCCUAAUUAAUCUAUUUCAAUUGACUGAUUUCCUUAUAUGAACUGUAACUCAGUAAAAUCUUUGAAAAUGUUGCAUGUUGGGCUUUAUAUUUAUGUUGUGUUCAGUAUAUUUUAUCUUAGCUGUGAUCUUUGCAAUUAAAUUAUUUUAAACUUUC